UGCCAAGGGGGGUGAAUACUUUCGCAAGCCACUGUAUAUACUGUAUUCUAUUCUACUGUAUUUUAGUCUAUGCCGCGCCAACAUUGCUCAUCCUAAUAUUUAUAUAUUCCUUACUUCCUUAUUGUUGUGAAUUAUUAGAUAUUGCUGCACUGUUUGAGCUAGAAACACAAGCAUUUUGCUACACCAACAAUAACGUGUAUGUGACAUUAAAAUUUGAUUUGAUAUACCAAAGUGUCAUCCAUAAAAAAUGUGACGUCUCCGUAGUUUUCGCCUGGGAGUGCUCGAGAUCCCAAACGGCAAGCGGGGUAUUUGCUUGAACCCACUUGACACAUCAAAUUGUGAGAAUACUUUGGUUCCGCUCAGCUUUGUGAGUAUCUCUUCCGAGGUGGGUAGGAUGAACAAUUCUCUUUUCACCACUUAAUUAAGCUUUUUCAUAUAUAUACGCAAGCAUUUUUCUUCAGGGCAGGCACCAUGGGUGCACACCAAUCUGUUGACUGCGUCACCUUCUCCACAAUGUCAUUUUCGUCCAUCCUGCACAGCUCCUCUUUCACCUUCUGCAUAAGUGGUAUUGGGAUUCUGGACACUGUGUGCACUGCAUAUGUCUGUGUUCUCACUGGUUCUGUUUUGAGCAAGCCAUGUUCUCCUAAUGCACUCAUGAACUCUUCGCUGUGUUUCACCAGGCCCAUCUUAGCUGCUGUUGACCGGCUGAGUAGGUUGUCCACGCUGUGCCUGAAAGACAUAUAGUGGGAAGGAGUAGUGUUUUUCGUUGUAUGUGGUGCUUGCUUGAAAUUGCCCUAAACAAUUCGUGGCCCCCGGUACUUCACAGAGUAAUGGUAGACGGCUGCAAUGUUCUCUGGAAUGUGUAUAUCAAAUCUCUUUUCACACAUUACACUAGCUUCUGCUCCAGUGUCAAUACAUUAUUUCCAGGUGUUGCCCCAAUGAGGAUUUGCACUGUCAAUUGGUCAUUACUCUUCUCGGCAUUGCUAACGGAUCCCAAGAAAUAUGAUGCCUGGUAAUUUUCUGUAACUUCACUAACCGAUUUUGUGUGACACAUUCUUUCCCAAUGUCCUGUUUUCUGUUCAUCUUUCCUGCUUUUUAUGUUGCAUUUUCCCACACCGGCUGCGUUUUCCUUCUGCACGCUCCGUGUCCCUUGAAUCUCUGUUCUCAUUGUGUUUUGUGCGCCAUUUUGCUAUCUCUUACUCACAUGCUAACCUCUGACUGACGGACUGUUUUUAUAGUCGUUGCUAAUAUGAGAUCUGACAUCAACUGCAGUUUGCGAGACCGUCCUUUAUCCAGUCCUGAAUAUGCUAAUCUCUACGAGCUUUCAGAGCAUUGUGACUGCUGCGAAUAAAGUGCUCUGAUAAAUGCCUCUUCCUUUUCCCCAGGUAGCUGUAUUCUUCAAUCAGAAUACAUUUCUUUCCCCACAAAAGGGCUUUUUACAGACCGAAAUACUCUUCAGUUUCAUCUGCUGUCCGGGUGGCUGGUCUCAGACGAUCCUGUAGGUAAAGAAGCCGAAUGUAGAGAUCCUGAGCUGGCGUGGUUAAACGUGGUCUGCGGUUGUGAGGCCAGUUGGACGUACUGCCAAACCGCCUGCAACGUCAUAUUGGAGAAUUUAUGGCAGAGAAAUUAACAUAAAUUAUCUGGCAACAGCUCUGGUAGACAUGCCUGCAGUCAGCAUACCAAUUGCACACUCCCUCAAAACUUGAGACAAUUGUGGAAUGAUGUUGUUUGACAAAACUGCACAUUUUGUCCCCAGUACAAGGUGCACCUGUGUAAUGAUCAUGCUGUUUAAUCAGCUUCUUGAUUUGCCACACCUGCCAUGUGGGUAUAUUAUCUUGGCAAAGGAGAAAUGUUCAUUAACAGAUGUGAUCACAUUUUUGAGCAGAAUUUGAGAGAAAUAAGCUUUUUGUGCAUAGGAACAUUUCUGGGAUAAUGUAUUUCAGCUCAUGAAACAUGGGACCAACACUUUACAUGUGUUAUUUUUGUUCAGUAUAUUCCCACAUGACAAUAUGAAAGUCUGCUUUCUCAUUUUCUGAUACAAAGGUGAACGAUUUGAAAACGUCCUCUGCCUUGCUGCACAUGUCAUGUAUGAGGGACUUGCACAUCGCUAUCUGCCUGAUCCAACUUGGUCGUUGUUCUGAACCCCAUAAAAUGUUUCCAUUCCGUCGGUUUAUCAAAGUUAACGUUAUGCGGCGCUUCAAACUUCGCCACAGUCUACUUUCUUAGUAGGAUGUUAGCCUGUCACGCACUUCUGACACCAUGUAAUAUAAUGUGAAUGUCCAGUCAGGAGUAUCUUUCUAGGUAAGUUGUUUUUAAAUGCACGUCUCACAAGAAUGCCUCAACUCACGCACUGCCUCAUACUGCUUUACGACAUGCCUUAACACUGUCCUGCAUACUAUGACAGUCAUAUUUUGGGGUGAUGUGGACAUGCAUCGUAUCUUAUUAAAUAUCUUUUUUUUGUGAGUAACAAUCUACUUGUACUAACUUUGGGGAAAGGAUACUCUGAAAGCUCAGUUGCCUAGUUGAGUGAGUAUGAAAUGUUCAAGCCACUGUUCAGAUGUUCUGUUGAGUGGAGGGUCAUUACUGGUUCCUCUGUGACACUGUUCCUUCUCUCCCUAUCCACUGAUGUUAUCAACCGAACAACCUUAUUAUUAAUAUUCUUCUGAGCUGGAGACCACCCCCUGGCAAGUAUGGACCCAACGACACAAAGGGAUAUUAAACCUCAAGGAAGGUGCUGACUUAGCAAAAAGAGAGGAGACACUGCUGCCAACAUAAUCAGAAAAACAUCCAGAUCUCCCAACUAGGCCGAUUUGAAGGAGUCUAUUGUUGCGGGUUCAACUCACAACUAACGAUACUCUCUCUGCCCUUGGGAAGGGGAAAGCAGUUAACCAACUGGUGUUGAUGUGUCCUAAUGCUCAUCUUAUUGGAGGUAGCCUACCAUUUAGUAUGCUUGACCAUAUAGCGUUACUUCUAACCAUGUAUUACUACUGUACAGCUAUGCUGUAUGCUGUGUUUACAUACUUGAUCUCAGCAAUCUGACUUUUCUUCUGGCUCUCUAGUGAUUGACUUUGUCUCCCUGUUGAUGACCUUGUGUAUAAUCCCCCCUCCUCCCUGCCUUACUCCUAGGUCAUUGUCUCUGUGCCAGCAACUCCCAUAAUCCACUCACACACCACCUGUGUUCUAUACUGUACUGUAGUUGUGUAAAGAGGAGAGGUUAUAUAAGAGCUUCAGAGGCUGACACGCACCAGGUUGACAACAGCAGGUCCCCACAUCCAGGUCCUCUGACGAGCCCUCUUACAGUUGGGUUCUCACUGGAGAGAAAGAGAGUCUAGGAAGACUGCGAGGAAACAGUUGGAGAGGAACUGACCAGUAGAGCUGUAUUUUCACUAUCAGUCUCUAAGAGUUUGAAACCCUGGAGACCCGCAGCAAGAUGUUUUUCAGACUCCCAAGACUAACUCCUGGAUACCUACGGUAUCUACAGACCCAGGCUAUGGCGAGUGAGACCCAGAGAGCUGGGGACCUGCCCCGUCUGGCCAUGCUCCUGGGGGCCUUGGGGAUCGGGGUGUGUGGCUACAGCUCCAGGCAGCUGGCACUGCACCACCGGCCCUCUGCCCGCGUGCUGACCUGGAUGGACGUUGGGAGCACCCCGGUGAAGGGGAGAGCCCCUUCCUUCAUGGACCUGUCUCAAAGCCACAGCAUCUGUCAGGACAUCCCACCUCCAGCAUUCGCUGGGCAGAGAGUGCCUUAAAACAACCACCAGAUCUAGAGUGCAUGUUUGAAUCCCUCAGUAUGCAGUACCUAGCCAGGUAUGGUGGAGCUUUACUCCACUGUGCUAGCACUUCAGUGUUAACAUAUGUUGAACCCUAACCCAGAGAUCCAUAAUCUGAUAAUCAAUAAUUACUAGCCUCACCUGUGUGAGAUUCUGCAUUGACAUGCAGUAUAUUUAAAAUUGCUGAUUGGAUGAGUAAUUCAACUUGUUGCCACAGUGGGUAGGAAGGUUUAGCUAUGGAAGUCUGAUUUAGCUUCAUCCUGUGUGUCUUUUGUGAAGUCACGUGUUUGGCUCGGCCCCCUGGUACACAGAUGGUUGGCAACCCCUCGGGCUGGUUGCCAUCCAUAAGUGUUGGCAGCUCAUCCACAGCCAACAACUUCCAUUGAUUUCAACUGAUAAGAACUAGGCGGACCUAUCCAUCACUAGAGCUUGACAUCCACUGUCAGGUCCAGUCUGGACUGGAGUGAAAGACACAGGUUUUAUUUCACAGUGUCUUCAAACGAUAGUGCUACAGUAGUCGUCUUCUCUGAAGGUGUCAAUUCUCUUACAUAUUGAUAUUGUAAUGAGGUACAUUGCAAGGAAAGGCUGGACGAUUGUUCAGCUACAGUUACUGAAGCAUGCUAGUGAUGACUCUGGUUGUAUAGAAUGAUCCAGACUCUCUUUAUGAUGUCUCACUGCCAUGUGAAUAAUGUAACUGUAUCUAUACUGCUCCUUAGAUUAUAGCUCUUAUUUGAACCACGGUUAAAAUGAUGAGGGAGAGCGAGAGAGAACAAAGCUCCUCAUCACUAAACCAAUUUCCUCCUGUGGGAUUAAACCAGGUGGAACAUCUGUGAGCUGGCAUACAGUACAUCGCCCCAAUCUGGUAUUAGGGGUGAAGACAGGAGACUGGUUCCUGCAGUGCCAUGAGCAAAGGCUGUGUUCCAAAGAGUUCAUAUGAUAUCGGGUAUCUUUAACUAGAUUGGGAAAUGUGCACAGCAUCUUUCAGAAUGAUAAUUUUUCUGUUACUGCUACCAAAGGCCAUUAUGAAUUUCUCAGAGCUAGUGUGAAUCACACCUAUAUUUUCCCCCCAAAGAAGAUAGUGAGACUCAAAAUCAAACAUCCAUUGUACAACCACUGGAACCACAGGUACAGUAGAGGUCUGCAAAAGCUGAUCCCAUAAUCCUUUUCCACAGCAGCUGAGCCAGUUUCCUGUGUCUGACAAAAUAUAAAUUUUUAGCAGGACCAGAUUAGCUGUGCUAGCCCUGCCACUGCAUUUUAGGUCGCUACAAAUGGCCCUAAUCCACUCAGCAGAUGUGCUAAUUGGCUGAGCUGGCACCAAAGAGCUACCGGGGCAGUUCCCUCAACUCGUGACAGAGACUGACACUCAAACACUUGUUAAUGGACUACCUAAUGGUUUUACGCAGAAACAUGACAUGGUGUUUUUCCCGUUGAGCUCAAUUUGGAAACCACUUUUUCAGGAACAGAAAACGAAUGCAUCCUGUUAGGUCAACACCUAUUUCCUUCAAACUAUAAUAUUAUGUUGUCUGUACCUACUGCAUACAUGUAUGAAAUUUGUAAGGGAUUUCUGGGACAAAUAAAUUUGUUCAACUUUU